AUGUUUGUUUAAGAACAACUUGGACCUGCCAUAUUUGAAUACCAGACAUCCUUCAAUUGAUUUCUCAGCAUCGACAGAUGACUACAAAUACUGUGAUCUUUUUGCACUUGAUCAUGGCAAGUGGUACUGGAGCAAUUAUAACAUGACAAAUUACUGUGUCGAUCAUAGAAAAUGUGGAACUAACGACCCGAUUUAUCUAAAUGGAAGUUUACCAAGUCCGGAAGACGGUGUUGUUGAUGCAACAGCUUGUGUUCGAACGUUUGAAGAUUGUUGUAAAAACAGUUUAAAUCUGAAAUUGAAGAACUGCGGAUUUUACAUGGUUUAUUGUUUCAUUGAGAUUGAGACGUCAUGCCACAGCAGGUUCUGCUUUGAUGUUAACCUGGGGGUAGAAACCACACAAACGACUCAAGCUACCUCGAAACAACCAGAUACUGAUAGUGGAGAUGAUGACGACGAGAAAAGAAGGAAACACAAAGAUGAAGCAAAUAGUACAGAAACUGGAUGGAUUGUUACAGUUGUAGUAUUAAUUGUAAUCAUCCUGGCAUUGUUGGCAGUGAUUAUAUACAUUUGCAGACGGUAAAUAAGCAAAAUAUAUAUUGUAAACAAAAGAAUCUGGCCUGAACAAU